ACUGCUUGUUGCUUUUGUGCCAGUGUCCAUGUGCUCAGUCAAACUAUUUACACUCUUUUUAAUUUUAACAUUUACAUAAUGAGAGUUUUAGCGAAAGAUAAAGAGGAAAAAGUCCUCGCAAAAAUCGAAAAAUACAUUGGUGAUGACGUGCAAAAUUUAUUCAAACGUCCCGAUGGAGAUUAUUGUUUCCGAGAAAAAAAAGAUCGCGUGUAUUACGCAUCCGAAAAAAUAGCUAAUCUCGCCAGUACAGUCGCUCCUGACAAUUUAAUGAGUUUUGGUAUCUGCAUAGGAAAAUUCACUAAAUCUGGCAAAUUCCGUAUGCAUAUUACAGCCCUGCCAAUAUUAGUUCCAUUUGCUAAGCAUAAAAUAUGGGUCAAAUCAUCAGCGGAGCAACAGUUCUUGUAUGGACACAAUAUUAAUAAAUCUGGUUUGGGUAGAAUAACGGAUCAAGUUACAAAGUAUCAAGGAGUUAUUGUGUUAUCCAUGAGCGAUUUACCACUGGGUUUUGGAGUUGCUGCCAAGAGUACUCCAGAAUGUUCAAAUGCAGAUCCAAUGACUGUUAUUUGUUUUCACCAAGCAGAUGUAGGAGAAUAUAUCAGAAAUGAAGACGAUUUACUUUAGGUAAUAAGUUGUACAGGCAUGUUUGUAGGAUAUAACAAAUUAAUUUAGUAUAAAAAAUAUUUAUUAGUUUAACAAUUUUUUUAAUAAAAAAUUCAUGACUAAAAUUCAA